AUGGCCGCGUUGGUUAAAUGUGAUGGCCCCUUGACCCUUCAGCCUGCAACCCUGAGCCCAUCCCGGCCCGGCUGCACCUGGUUGGCUCCCUGCGUGGUGCCUUGUUUUGGCGCGCGGUUAGAGACAGAAAGUCAGAUAUCCACCAACAGGCAGCAAGCUGUUCUCCUUCGUUCUCCCAACAGCAUUCUCAUCGAGGCUCUCCCGGCUGAUUCCCUCGUCUCUGGACCUUAUUGGUCUAAGGCAGCUCCCGAGGUAGUUUUCUGCCCCCAAAAGCUCUUCUUUUCUUUUCGAGUUAAAGCCGUCCGGUUCGUUCUCUUGCACACCCCCCGGCUGUCAAGCGCUGGGCCAUAUACCAGAGACUACGACAAAGAAGGCAAAUACAUGCCCUUGGCCCGCUGA